UAGAGACAUGCAAUGCGAGAUUUGAAGAAACCUUGUCAUUAUAAUUUUGUUAGUAGGUCGGAGGGGGUUGUUAUGAUGGCUGUUCCGAACAUCUGCACGAGGUUUAGUGAUAAUUAUGAACUUAAAGAGGAGCUGGGGAAGGGUGCUUUUUCAAUAGUAAGAAGAUGUGUUCAGAAGUCUUCUGGAUUAGAAUUUGCAGCAAAAAUUAUCAAUACAAAGAAGUUAUCAGCAAGAGACUUCCAAAAACUUGAGAGGGAGGCGAGAAUUUGCCGUAAGCUGAAUCAUCCAAACAUAGUACGUCUUCAUGACAGCAUACAAGAGGAAGGAUGCCAUUACUUAAUUUUUGACUUAGUAACAGGAGGUGAACUGUUUGAGGACAUUGUAGCAAGGGAAUACUACAGUGAAGCUGAUGCAAGUCACUGUAUUCAGCAAAUUUUGGAGAGUGUAAACCACUGUCAUCAGAAUAGUGUGGUGCAUAGGGACCUCAAGCCAGAAAACCUUCUCCUUGCUAGUAAAGCAAAAGGCGCAGCUGUCAAACUUGCUGAUUUUGGUCUUGCUAUUGAAGUUCAGGGAGACCAACAGGCCUGGUAUGGUUUUGCUGGUACACCUGGUUAUCUCUCACCAGAAGUUCUGAAGAAAGAUCCAUAUGGAAAACCAGUUGACAUAUGGGCAUGUGGUGUAAUACUUUACAUCCUGUUAGUUGGAUAUCCUCCAUUCUGGGAUGAAGACCAGCACAGGCUGUAUGCUCAGAUUAAAGCUGGAGCUUAUGAUUACCCAUCUCCUGAAUGGGAUACUGUUACUCCUGAAGCAAAGAAUCUGAUCAAUAGCAUGUUGACUGUUAACCCAGCCAAGAGGAUCACAGCAUCAGAAGCAUUGAUACAUCCUUGGAUUUGUCAACGUGAAAGAGUUGCCUCUACCCUUCAUCGUCAAGAGACUGUGGAUUGUCUUAAGAAAUUCAAUGCUCGCCGAAAACUUAAGGGGGCUAUUUUGACAACCAUGCUAGCAACAAGAAACUUCUCUAGCAACGUAAAUUCCAAUUCAGGUCGAAGCAUUAUAACAAAGAAAGGAGAUGGUUCACAGGUAAAAGAAUCCACUGAUAGUAACACUACUUUAGAAGAAGAUGAUAUUAAAGAUGGUCCCUCAGGGCCUGAAAGAAGUAAAACAGUUAUUCACGUGGACUCAGCCAUAAGGAUCAAUAAUGGCUAUACAUCAGAACCACGCAAGGCUGAAAUCAUCAAAAUUACGGAACAACUCAUUGAAGCAAUCAAUACUAGUGAUUUUGAAAGUUACACAAAAUAUUGUGAUCCUCAAAUGACUGCAUUUGAACCAGAAGCUUUAGGUAACUUAGUGGAAGGAAUGGAAUUUCACAAGUUUUACUUUGACAAUGCUUCGGGGAAGUACUGCAAAGCCCUCAAUACCACUAUUUUAAACCCUACUGUACACCUUCUUGGUGAUGAUGCUGCAUGCAUUGCAUAUGUAAGACUUGUGCAGUACAUGGACAAGUCUGGAGUUGCUCAUACACAACAAUCAGAAGAAACUCGGGUGUGGCAUAAAAAGGAUGGAAAAUGGCAAAAUGUUCAUUUCCAUCGCUCUGGUUCUGGAUCAUCUCCAUAUACCACAGUCCACAAGUAGACAAGGAAGUUAUAAGGAACUUCUCUUGAUUAAUUCAUGCAUUCUUGCUUUUUCAAACUUCAGCUUUGGUCUGUAUUUUGGAUAAAACUAUGGAACUGUUUUUAUUUUCUGUUUGUAUAUGGUAAACUAAAUUUUAAUUGCAAUUUUACCAGCAGUCUCUCCUGAUAUUUAAGCAAGAAAAGCACAAUGUUCUAAAGGCAUGUAUGACAAGUGACAAGCAUUUUUUAUUUAUGUGUGUGUGUGAUUUUAUUUCUUAAAUUAAUAUUAUUACUCAGCUUUUUUAUGAGAAAUAUAGACAAUUUAAAUUCCAUAAAUAUAAAUCUUUUGACAGAAAAAAAAAUUGUCCUGAACUUUUAUCAUUAAAUAUUAACAAUUAGUCAUUGAAUAAGAAAUUAGUAUCUGGAGUUAUUAUUGGCUAUUAUGAUUACUUAAAACAGAAUCUCGUAUUGAUUCAUAAGAUUGUUCCAUUAUUAAACCAGAUCUUUAAAGGUUUUUCACAACAUCUUAGUUACGGUGUUAAAAUUGUGUUUUUUAAAGUGCUUGAUCUAGUUCACUUUUGUUCUUGGAUUAAUAAAGCAGGAUACAUAGUUGGUUUAAAGCAAUACAAUUUGUGUAAAGCUUUGUUUCAUUUAGUAAAAAUCUCUUGUGUACUGAUUUACAUUGUACACUUUUCUUUCAUGCAUUGUAUGUGACAUUAAUAUUUGUUUUAACUUGUAUGAAGUUUUUUUUAAUAAUGAUAUGGAUUGUUUUAGGUAGCAUACCCUAGCUAUUUAGGUAAAUGGUAAUACAAAAAAUGGAAAUGUAAACCAUCAUUGGAUAUUAAUAUUUGAAACCUUUUACUCAGGAGGUGGUUGCUAAAAUAUAAUGUUUGUUGUUACUGUGAUAUUUUUACCAACAAAUGUCAAUUUCAAGAUUUGUUUUGUGUCUCAUUAUUAGAAUUGAUGUUCUAACACCAGAUAGAAUAUUUCUUAAUAUGCUUGAGAGCAUACUUGAUCUGAAAAGUUGUCUACUGCUAACACUGGAUGUUUUCAGUGAUUCAUUUGAAUGCAUUUAUUUGGGUACAUAUAUAUAUGUGUGUGUGUGGGUGGGUGUUGUCUGUGCAAAUAAUCUUAAUAGAACACAUUAAGACCUAAAUCAAUAGCAAAUUUAUUGUGAAGGUGAUAUUGUUUGUAUUGACCAGCUAUUUGAAGUUUACAUAAAUUUUAAAAUCAUUUUCAAAUUUUUGAAAUUCCAGGAAAGAAAAUUUGAAAAAUAGGCCCACUUACUUUAAAUGUAUAACAUGAUUAAGAGUGCUAGUCUCAGCAAGUGCAAGACCCUGAGCACCAGGGUAAUCUGAUCAGUGGCACUCUAAUAGGUUAUAUGUAGUGGGGGGGUUGAAGGGGGAUUUUCCUCCAAAAUAAAACUUGUAUUAUUAUUGAAACUCAACAUUACUGUCAGUUUAAGGAAUUAAACAACUGCCAUUUAAAAAUGGGGAAAAAUUAUUAUUCCUUCAAAAUAGCAUGAGGCAACAAACAGUUAUUUGUCUCUCUUGUGCCUAAGGCCAGCAAUGAUGACUGAAACUGACAUUACAAUGUAAUGUUGAAGGCUGUUAUUGAGAAUGUAACAGUAUGAUGUUCAAGACCAUUGAUAAGAAUUUAACUGUAUGAUGUUCAAGACUGUUGAUGAGAAUCUAAUUGUAUGGUGUUAAAGACCAUUGUUGGGAAUGUAACUGUAUGGUGUUAAAGACUGUUGUUGGGAAUGUAACUGUAUGGUGUUAAAGACUGUUGUUGGGAAUGUAACUGUAUGGUGUUAAAGACUGUUGUUGGGAAUGUAACUGUAUGGUGUUAAAGACUAUCGUUGGGAAUGUAACUGUAUGGUGUUAAAGACUAUCGUUGGGAAUGUAACUGUAUGGUGUUAAAGACUAUCGUUGGGAAUAUAGCUGUAUGAUGUUGAAGACCGUUGUUGGGAAUGUAACUGUAUGGUGUUAAAGACCGUUGUUGGGAAUGUAACUAUGUUGUUAAAUAUCGUUGUUGGGAAUGUAACAAUGUUGUUAAAGACCGUUGUUGGGAAUGUAACUGUAUGGUGUUAAAUAUCGUUGUUGGGAAUGUAAC